AUGGGUGGUGAAGUUAACAUAACAUAUAUAACUUUAGAUGGGCUUGUGGAAUUGGAAACUUACAGGUACCUGUAUUUUAUGAUCAUUUUUUGCAGUUAUAUUUUUAUAAUAUGCUCUAAUUUCACCAUUGUGUAUCUUAUUUGGACGCGUGAAAACCUACAUGAGCCCAUGUACGUUUUCAUCGCAGCCUUACUUGUAAACUCUGUUAUCUUAAGCACUAAUAUCUAUCCAAAAUUUUUAAGUGAUAUAUUAUCUGAAACGCAGGUCAUAUCGUACCCAGCCUGCCUCUUACAAUUUUUUAUAGUUUAUUGUUUUGCUUGUUCUGAAUUCUUACUUUUAGCGGCCAUGUCCUAUGACAGAUAUGUGUCUAUAUGUAAACCUUUCCAAUAUCCAACUAUUAUGACAAAAGAAAGAGUGAGUAUUUUCCUGGUUUUUGCUUGGGCUGUGCCUGCUUGUGUGAUUGCAGUUCCAGCAAUAAUGAGUGCUGACAUGAAAAUCUGUAAUUUCACUCUGAAUGGAAUAUUCUGUAACAAUUCAAUUUACAAUCUGCACUGUGCGAGCUCAGUAGCACGUUCUGUAUUUGGUGCUGUUGCUCUGAUAGUCACUGCACUUUUCCCUCUGCUUUUCAUCCUUUUCACAUACACCAGAAUACUUAUAAUAACCUCUCGAUGUUCUAAAGAAGUCAGGAAAAAGGCUGCAGAGACCUGUCUACCACAUCUGCUGGUUCUAGUCAGCUACACCUUUUUGUGUAGCUAUGAUGUCAUUAUUGCUCGAUUGGGAAAUGAUUUUCCUAAAAUUGUCCGUUUCAUAAUGACUUUGCAGGUGGUUUUGUAUCAUCCUCUGUUCAAUCCAUUAAUUUAUGGGUUAAAGAUGAAAGAAAUAUCUAAGCAUUUAAAGAGAUUGCUCUGUCAAACCAAACUGAACUGA